GGGCGUGGGUUCAAAUCCCACAGCUGUCAGAUUUCUUUUUAUUCAGCUGUCAGAUUUAGGCUCUGUUUGUUUCUUUUGGUCGUUUGCGGACCUUAUCAGUUCAGUUUUCCAGCAAGAACAUUGCGCGCGCAAAAAAACGGUGGUAAGACAACACCUUAACUCCGAUGGCUAUAUCUAUGUCAAGGACAACACCCUCUGCGUUAUUUACUUCUCCGAUUGCUUCCCCUAUCAAGAUUCUCAAAAUACCUCGCGUUUUCUGGCCAUGGCAGAAGGUGAAAUUGGGGCCAAUGAGUGUAUCCCCCAUGGGGUUUGGAACCUGGGCAUGGGGCAAUCAAUUACUUUGGGGAUACCAAGAAUCCAUGGACACUGAGCUUCAACAAAUUUUUAACCUAGCUGUGGAUAAUGGUAUUAACCUCUUUGACACCGCUGAUUCUUAUGGAACUGGUAAAUUAAAUGGGCAGAGCGAGAAGCUUCUUGGAAGGUUCAUACGCGAAUUUGAAGGACAGAGACAAGUUGGUGAUAACAUUGUGAUUGCCACAAAGUUUGCUGCAUAUCCAUGGCGCCUGACACCCAACCAAUUUGUGAAUGCGUGCAAGUCUUCUUUGGAUAGGUUGGAAGUGGAGCAGAUUGGAAUAGGACAGUUGCAUUGGUCAACCGCAAACUAUGCUCCUCUUCAAGAGCGAGCACUUUGGGAUGGUUUGGUGGCAAUGUAUGACAAGGGUUUAGUUCGAGCAGUUGGGGUGAGCAACUAUGGACCAAAGCAGCUACUGAAGAUACAUGAUUACCUCAAGGAACGAGGAGUUCCCUUGUCUUCAGCUCAGGUGCAGUUCUCAUUGUUGAGCAUGGGGGGAGAUCAAAUGGAGAUCAAGAGUAUAUGUGAUUCACUGGGAAUCCGUUUGAUAUCUUACAGUCCUUUAGGCCUUGGCAUGCUUACUGGCAAGUACACCCCUACUUGUAAUAAUCUUCCACGUGGACCAAGGAGUUUGCUGUUCAGACAAAUUCUUCCAGGGCUGGAACCCCUUUUGAUCUCAUUGAAAGAAAUAUCAGAAAAAAGGGGGAAAAGCAUACCACAGGUUGCAAUAAAUUGGUGCAUCUGCAAAGGCACAAUUCCAAUACCAGGAGUUAAGUCUGUGAAACAAGCUGAAGACAAUCUGGGAGCUCUGGGUUGGAAGCUUAGGCCCACUGAGUUGGAUCAGUUGGAAUAUGCUGCAACUCAGUCCCCUCGCAAGAUGCUCCAAAAUGUCUUCCAGACAAGAUAACUUUCAAUUGUAGAUACACUCUCCAUUGUUCUUGCUUUGGAAACUCAAAUCAAGUUGAAAUUGUUUUGAUUUAUUCAUAUCAUAAACACUUUGUUAUUUGAUGACUAGUUAUAAUCUGUGUCUGUCACACACAUGCAGUAAAUAAAAUCAUUUUAUAUUUCAGAAAAA